AGAUACACAUGAUGAUCAGCAACCCUAAUUCUUGCAAAAACCCUUAGUACUAAAAAUUUGUAAGAAAACCCUGUUUUUGCAAGAAUGGUGAACAACAUGAGCAGUAUCAUGUCCAUAACAGACCAAGAUUUGGUGAAAGAAGAGCCGAUCCUACUCAUGUCCCCAAGAAACCCUGUCCCAACAGAGACAAUAUUCCUGUCCAACAUAGACCAGGCAGUGACUUUUCCAGUUGAGACAGUGUUCUUCUAUGAGGUUCCACCAAACAUGGCCUCAGCUGCAUCAACAGUUGGGAUUGCUGGAAAGGUGAAAAAAGCAGUGGAGGAAGUGCUCUUGGUGCCUUAUUACUUCAUGGCUGGAAGGCUCAACUUCAGUGAUGAGACUAAGAGGCUGGAGCUUGUGUGCAACAAUGCAGGUGCCUUGUUUGUUAGUGCAAAAUCAAGAUUUUGUCUCAAGGAUCUUGGCAAUCUUUCUCACCCAAAUCCAAGUUUUCAUCACUUUGUGCUUCGCCCCGGGAUCUAUAAAAGCCUUGCAGAAACUGCACUUUUCACUAUUCAGGUAACUAGGUUUGAAUGUGGUGGAUUUGCACUAGGAUUCACCACAAACCAUGCAAUUCUUGAUGGGAAAUCAGCAAGUGAAAUGUUCCACAACCUUGCUUCAAUAUGUAGGGGAGAAGGCCUAAAAACCAACCACAUCAACAAUGACAGAACCUGCAUGAAAGCAAGAACCCCACCCCAAAUCCUCUUCCCACACACUGAGUACGUAAAGCUCGCUAGAACGUCGUCCCUCCUCUCUUCUUUCACCUCCCAGAAACGGCCAUCACCGUCUCCACACAUCUUCUCUGACAAGUACACGCACAAGCUCUUCUCAUUCACCCCACAGAUGCUGAAAUUGUUGAAGCAAAAGGCGAUGAUCGAGUGCUCAACCUUCGAAGCAAUCCUAGCCCACAUUUGGAGGGCAAGAACAAGGGCCAUUCUUGGUCAUGAUUGUGAUCAACAUCAAGAUCAAGAUUCAACCGUUCUCUUUGCAGUGGAUAUAAGGGACACGAUAUCGCCUCCCCUACCGAGUUCUUUCAUAGGGAACGCUGUGAUCACGGGUUAUGCACGGACUAAGGCUCGGGAUUUGGUGGGCGGGCCGUUGUCUUACGGUGUUGAGAUGGUGAGGGAGGGGAGGGAGAGAGUGACAAGUGAAUAUAUAAGGUCUGUGAUAGAUUGGUUGGAGGUGUAUAAAGGGACUCCAGCAACUUGUGGAUGUGCAUUUUAUGUGUCAGCUUGGUGGAAAUUGGGUUUUGGGGAGGUGGAUUUAGGGUUUGGGAGGGCUAAACAUGCUGGCCCUAUUGUGAGUGGGAAUGAUGAGUUUGUGCUUUUGUUGGAUGGUGGGGAUUGUGAUGAGGGGGGAAAAGGGUUGGGGAUCAAUGUGUGGAUUGGGCUAGAAAAGGAUAAAAUGGAGAGGUUCUUGAAAUGUGUUUUUGAGAUGUGAUGCCACAGAAAAUUUUAAUUCAAAUAGAGUUUGGUUGAAUUUGAACUAAUUAUAUGGC